ACAAAAUAAUGUCUAAAACUGAAAGGAGCGGGGGAAAUCCUAUCAGCAGUAUAAGCAUUUGGUUUAGAAUGUGAUGGACAGCACAAGAGACCUGCUCAAGAUCAAACGGAUUGCCUCUAGGAGGAAAAUCAGUACCUUCCCUCAAUUGCUGAAAAUGAAAAUACAGAAGAAAGAGAAGCACUUGUCAAAUUUAAAAGUUUUGAAUCACUCCCCAAUGUCUGAUGUCUCUGUCAGUUUUGACUACAAGUCUCCAUCACCAUUUGACGGCAGCACUGAUCAGGAAGAGAGAAUUGAAGAUGUCGCCAAUGACUGUCUGUCCCAGAAGGACCUUUACUCUGCUGGAGAGGAAGCUGAUGCCCCUUUCCAUAGGAAACUGAUGUCCCGUAAUGGGAUGGAGGGUAGUGGAGGUGGAGGUACUGGAGUAAAGAAGAAACGGAAGAAAAGGGAGCCAGGCGAACAGGACGUCCUGGCGAAGGGAAGCAAAGACAGGGAGCCCAAGCCAAAGAGGAAGAGAGAACCUAAAGAGCCAAAAGAACCCAGGAAGGCCAAGGAGCCGAGGAAAGCCAAGGAGCCCAAGGAGUCAAAGAAAGAUGGUGCAAAGAAGACACGGAAGCCUCGGGAGGUCUUGGGUGCCAAGGAGGCCAAAGAGAAGAGGAGCUGCACUGACCAUGCAGCCAGGACGAAGUCCAGAAAGGCCAGCAAGGAGCAAGGACCAACCCCAGUGGAGAGAAAGAAGAAAGGAAAAAGGAAAAGUGAAACCACAGUGGAGAGCUUAGAGCUGGACCAGGGCUUGCCGAACACAUCCCUGCGCAGUCCUGAGGAGUCCACGGAGUCUGCAGACAGCCAGAAGCGACGCUCAGGGCGGCAGGUGAAGCGCCGAAAAUACAACGAGGACCUGGAUUUCAAAGUGGUGGAUGAUGACGGGGAAACAAUCGCUGUUCUUGGAGCUGGCCGGACUUCUGCGCUCUCCGCUUCCACGCUGGCCUGGCAGGCAGAGGAGCCUCCAGAAGAUGAUGCAAACAUCAUUGAGAAGAUCCUGGCGUCUAAGACUGUCCAAGAGGUUCACCCAGGGGAGCCUCCAUUCGACCUAGAGCUCUUCUACGUUAAGUAUAGAAAUUUUUCCUACUUACACUGUAAGUGGGCCACGAUGGAAGAGUUGGAAAAAGAUCCUCGCAUCGCGCAGAAGAUCAAGCGGUUUAGGAAUAAACAAGCCCAGAUGAAGCACAUUUUUACUGAGCCCGAUGAAGACUUGUUUAACCCAGACUACAUAGAAGUCGACCGCAUCUUGGAGGUGGCCCACACCAAGGAUGCUGAAACAGGCGAGGAGGUGACACAUUACCUGGUGAAGUGGUGUUCCCUUCCCUACGAAGAAAGCACGUGGGAGCUGGAGGAAGACGUGGAUCCUGCAAAAGUGAAAGAAUUCGAAUCUCUUCAAGUCCUCCCUGAAAUUAAGCAUGUGGAGCGGCCUGCUUCAGACUCCUGGCAGAAACUUGAGAAGUCUCGCGAGUACAAGAAUAGUAACCAGCUCCGGGAGUACCAGCUGGAGGGGAUGAACUGGCUUCUUUUCAACUGGUAUAACAGAAAAAACUGCAUUUUGGCUGAUGAGAUGGGCCUAGGGAAAACCAUCCAGUCCAUCACAUUCCUUUCAGAAAUAUUCCUUAGGGGGAUCCAUGGCCCUUUCCUCAUUAUUGCCCCCCUUUCCACCAUCACUAACUGGGAGCGGGAGUUUCGGACAUGGACAGAGAUGAAUGCCAUCGUAUACCACGGCAGCCAGAUCAGCAGGCAGAUGAUCCAGCAGUAUGAAAUGGUGUACAGAGACGCCCAGGGAAACCCUCUUUCAGGAGUGUUCAAGUUCCAUGUCGUCAUCACCACAUUUGAGAUGAUCCUGGCAGAUUGUCCAGAGCUGAAGAAGAUUCACUGGAGCUGUGUGAUAAUUGACGAAGCCCACCGAUUGAAGAAUAGGAACUGCAAACUUCUGGAGGGGCUAAAGCUCAUGGCCCUGGAACAUAAAGUGCUGCUCACCGGAACACCCUUGCAGAACUCUGUGGAAGAGCUCUUCAGUUUGCUCAAUUUUCUGGAGCCAUCCCAGUUUCCUUCAGAGACUGCGUUCCUGGAGGAGUUUGGAGAUCUGAAAACAGAGGAACAGGUAAAGAAACUGCAGUCUAUCCUAAAGCCGAUGAUGCUCCGACGCCUGAAGGAUGACGUGGAGAAGAACCUUGCUCCCAAACAGGAGACGAUCAUUGAAGUGGAACUGACCAACAUCCAGAAGAAGUACUACCGUGCCAUCCUGGAGAAGAACUUUUCCUUCUUGACCAAGGGGGCAAAUCAGCACAACAUGCCCAACCUCAUCAACACCAUGAUGGAGCUGAGAAAGUGCUGCAACCAUCCCUACCUGAUCAAUGGGGCAGAGGAAAAAAUUCUGGAAGACUUCCGGAAAACCCACAGCUCUGACGCCUCUGACUUUCAGCUGCAGGCCAUGAUCCAGGCGGCAGGCAAGCUGGUGCUGAUUGACAAGCUGCUCCCUAAGCUGAUCGCAGGCGGCCACAAAGUGCUCGUCUUCUCUCAGAUGGUCCGCUGCCUCGACAUCCUCGAGGAUUACCUCAUCCAGAGGAGAUACACCUAUGAGCGAAUUGAUGGGCGAGUACGGGGAAACCUGCGCCAGGCAGCCAUCGACCGGUUCUGUAAGCCAGACUCAGACCGCUUUGUCUUUCUUCUGUGCACCAGAGCAGGAGGCCUGGGGAUCAAUCUCACGGCUGCUGAUACCUGCAUCAUAUUUGAUUCUGACUGGAACCCACAGAAUGACUUGCAGGCUCAGGCUCGAUGUCACCGCAUAGGCCAGAGCAAAGCUGUGAAGGUGUAUCGCCUAAUCACUCGGAACUCCUAUGAGCGGGAAAUGUUUGACAAAGCCAGCCUGAAGCUGGGCCUGGACAAGGCUGUUCUUCAAGACAUCAACCGGAAGGGCAGCACCAAUGGGGUACAGCAGCUAUCAAAAAUGGAGGUGGAGGAUUUGCUGCGGAAAGGUGCUUAUGGAGCCUUAAUGGAUGAGGAAGAUGAAGGCUCCAAGUUCUGUGAAGAAGACAUAGACCAGAUUCUACAGAGAAGAACCCACACCAUCACCAUCCAGUCUGAGGGGAAAGGGUCCACUUUUGCCAAGGCUAGCUUUGUGGCUUCAGGAAACAGAACAGAUAUUUCCUUAGAUGAUCCUAAUUUUUGGCAGAAAUGGGCUAAAAUAGCGGAACUAGACACUGAAGCAAAGAAUGAAAAGGAAAGCUUAGUGAUCGAUCGACCUCGCGUGAGAAAGCAGACCAAACACUACAACUCGUUUGAGGAGGACGAGCUCAUGGAGUUUUCAGAAUUAGACAGUGACUCAGAUGAAAGGCCCACAAGAUCCAGGCGCCUCAACGACAAAGCCAGGCGCUACCUCCGAGCCGAGUGCUUCCGGGUAGAGAAGAACCUGCUCAUCUUCGGCUGGGGCCGAUGGAAAGACAUCCUGACUCACGGGCGAUUCAAGUGGCACCUGAAUGAGAAGGACAUGGAGAUGAUUUGUCGGGCUCUGUUGGUAUACUGUGUCAAGCAUUAUAAAGGAGAUGAGAAGAUCAAGAGUUUCAUUUGGGAACUCAUCACACCUUCCAAAGAUGGGCAGUCCCAGACUCUGCAGAACCACUCAGGGUUGUCUGCGCCUGUCCCCAGAGGGAGGAAAGGAAAGAAGACAAAGAACCAGCUGCUGCUCCCAGAGCUCAAGAAUGCAGACUGGCUGGCCACCUGCAACCCCGAGGUGGUCUUGCAUGAUGAUGGGUACAAGAAACACCUCAAACAACACUGCAACAAGGUGCUUUUGCGAGUCCGGAUGCUGUACUACCUCAAAGCAGAAAUCCUGGGAGAAGCGGCUGACAGAGCGUUUGAGGGGACUCCUGCCAGGGAGCUGGAUGUGCCUCUGCCCGACAUUGACUACAUGGAGAUCCCAGUGGAUUGGUGGGAUGCUGAGGCCGAUAAGUCCCUUCUCAUUGGCGUGUUCAAGCAUGGUUAUGAGAGGUACAAUGCCAUGCGGGCAGACCCAGCACUCUGCUUCUUGGAGAAAGUCGGGAUGCCAGAUGAGAAGUCCCUGUCUGCAGAGCAGAGUGCUGCGGAUGGAACCUCAGACGUUCCCGAAAGAGGCAGCAUGGAUAAAGAGGACAGUGCUGAAGACAAGUUGGACGGCCUCCAGAAACAAGCGGCAAGUCCCAGUGAUGGAAGUGACGGCAUUUUUGGCGAAAAGAAGGAUGACAGCCGGGCAGGUGAGACUGUGUCCUUCUGGAGGCAAAGAAAAGAUGGCUCCGACCCAGACAAAUCACCCUGGCCAGUUUCAUCUGCUCUCACGGCUCGUCUCCGGCGUCUGGUCACUAUUUACCAGCGCUGCAACCGCAAGGAGCUCUGCCGACCUGAAAUGCUAGGGCCAAAUAACCAAGGGUACUGGGUUCAGGACGACAUGUUCAGGAGAACGUCAGAAAUGGACCUCACCAAGGAAGCUCAAAAGAGGUGGACUAGAAGAGAGCAGGCUGACUUCUACCGAACAGUGUCUUCCUUCGGCGUUGUCUACGAUCAAGAAAAGAAAAUCUUCGACUGGACGCAGUUCCGUAUCAUUUCCCGUUUGGACAAAAAGUCAGAUGAGAGUCUGGAGCACUAUUUUUACAGUUUUGUGGCCAUGUGCCGGAACGUCUGCCGUUUGCCGACAUGGAAAGAUGAUGGCCCCCCUGAUGCAAACAUCUAUGUUGAACCCAUCACUGAGGAACGGGCUGCAAGAACUCUGUACCGCAUUGAACUGCUAAGGAAGAUCCGUGAGCACGUGCUCAGGUGUCCUCAACUGCACGAGCGCCUCCAGCUCUGCAGGCCCAGUCUCUACCUCCCAGUCUGGUGGGAGUGUGGGAAGCAUGAUCGGGACCUGCUUAUCGGGACUGCCAAACAUGGGCUCAACCGCACCGAUUACUACAUCAUGAACGACCCCCAGCUGUCCUUCCUAGAUGCCUAUAGAAAUUACGCCCAGCACAAAAGAACUGACACCCAGGCACCCGGAAGUCUCUGUUGCAUUUACCAGACCAACUCCAAACUCUAUGAAUCUCUUACAUACACUCCAAUGAAUAGGACUUCAGAGUCUCUUGAAAGUGAACCUGAGAAUCUGGUAAAAGUAGACAACAGAGAUGAUCACCUCAGUCUGCCCGGGGGCUUACCUGAUAUGACCUGUGAGAACUUUAUUUCUAAAGUUCAGGAGGUCAUUUCCAUUGACCACGAUGAAAGCUUGCUGCCCGAGUCCUUGGAGGACAUGAUGUAUGGUAAGAUGGGGCUCAGCCGAGAGUCGGGCUCUUUUCAGGAGAGUCCAAGCACCAACCGGGAAUCCAGGAGCAGUGCCAUCGUCAUCUCUGCCAGCAGAGAUGGGAGCUGCCAGUCUGCCAGCCACGAAGCAGAGUUAGCGUCAGACGCCUCCCUCAUGAGUCGCUUAGAAGCAGGUGUAGCUCAAAUGAACAUAAAAGGCGGAAAACACAGGCUGAUGUCUAUUUCAAAAGAAGGGGAGCCUUGCUGCGGUGAAGCGGGACUGGGACCCGAAAGCGCAGGGCACCUGGAGUCCAAGUGCUUAGCUUCCCCUCCCUUAGAUGCAGGAAGUGAAAGUGGGUUUGUAGAUCUGUGCAGUCUCAGUGUCUGUGACUCCAAAAGAGACCUCUCAUCAGACCAACAAUUACUUGAUUUAUUAGAAAAUAAAAGUCUAGAAAGUAAGUUGAUUUUGAGUGAAAACCAGAGUGAUGAGGAGGAGGAAGAGGAAGAAAAUGAGGAGGAUGCCUUAGCUGUGGUAGCAGGCACCAGAGACAGGCCAGAGGUUUUGCGUUUCACAGAGCCCACUGGUAGCCUCCCAAGGGAAAAGAGCCUCAGCUUCCACCUGGAUGCAGCCAAGAAAGGAAGCCUAGAGGUGGGAAGCCAGACCCCUGGGCCACAGAGGACUUUCCCACCUACCACCUGCCAGUGUCACUGCAGACACACGGCAAGGUGGGCGCGAGGCCUCGGCAGCGAAGACCUCGACAUGGAGAGACCCAGGGUUUAUCACCCAGACCCGUACAGAAGCAAAGCCAAUAACACCACAAUGGAAGGAGAUCCUGCUCUUGUUCCACCAGAGCCAUUUAAAGUGAAGCAUGAGGUUUUAAAAGAACCUUGGAAAGAAAGUACAGAGGGAAAGAAAGGUUUCUCCACAUAUGCUCCUGAGGGAAGUGAGCCCAAGUCAGAAGAUACAGAUUUAGAGAAUAAAGAUGAUUAUGAUAAAGAUGGAACCUGCCAUAGUCAAGACUACCCAGGCAAAUACUCUGAAGAAGAGAGCAAGAGUUCUGCCUCAGGCAUCACAGGAGACUUUGGUGACGACCCACAGGAGUCUCGGGCUCCUACCAUUGCUCAGCUGCUUCAGGAGAAAACCCUGUAUUCCUUCUCCGAGUGGCCAAAGGAUCGUGUGAUAAUUAACCGCUUGGAUAAUAUCUGCCACGUGGUGUUAAAGGGGAAAUGGCCCUCUAGCCAGCCGUUCGAGCCCUCAGCUGCACCCCCAGCCCCCGCCGUCACUGGAAGCAGCCUCUCAGAGCCCGAAGCCACAGAGCGCAGCUUCAGCAAUGGCACAGCAUUGGCAGCCCACGUCCAGAAGGAGAGCUGCUUAGCUCCAGUAUUCACAAAAGACGAACAAAAGCACAGACGUCCCUAUGAGUUUGAGGUGGAGAGGGAUGCCAAGGCUCGGAGCCUAGAACAGUACUCUGCCACCCAUGGGCACCCCCCCAUCGUCCUCAAUGGCUGGCAUGGGGAGUCAGCUAUAGACCUCUCCUGCUCGUCAGAAGGGUCCCCAGGAGCCACAUCCCCUUUCCCAGUGAGUGCCAGCACCCCUAAGAUUGGGGCUAUCGGUUCACUUCAAGGAGCCCUCGGCAUGGACUUGUCUGGGAUUCUCCAGGCUGGCUUGAUCCAUCCUGUGACUGGACAGAUUGUUAACGGAAACCUCAGGAGAGAUGAUGCAGCCACAAGGAGGCGGAGAGGGAGACGGAAACAUGUUGAAGGAGGGAUGGACCUCAUCUUUCUGAAAGAGCAAACGCUUCAGGCAGGAAUCUUGGAAGUCCACGAAGACCCGGGGCAGACCACCCUGAGCAACACACACCCUGAAGGGCCAGGAACUGCCACCUCCAUCCCUGAGCAGACAGCAGCAUCCAACAACCAGACUGAGAAAGCCGCUCCCAGCAAGAGCCUGCUCGACUGGCUGCGGCAGCAGGCUGACUACUCCUUGGAUGUUCCUGGCUUUGGGACAAAUUAUUCAGACAAGCCAAAGCAGAGGAGGCCACGCUGCAAAGAACCUGCAAAAUUAGACAUCAGCUCUCUGAGUGGAGAAGAGAGGGUUCCUGCUGUCCCCAAGGAACCAGGAUUGAGGGGAUUUCUUCCAGAAAGCAAGUUCAACCACACUCUGGCUGAGCCCGUCCUUCGGGAUGCUGGCCCUCGCAGGAGAGGGAGGCGGCCUCGAAGUGAACUCCUCAAAGCUCCAGCCAUUGUGGCAGACUCUCCCUCUGGAAUGGGCCCACUGUUCAUGAACGGGCUGAUUGCGGGGAUGGACCUGGUGGGAUUGCAGAAUGUGAGAAAUAUGCCAGGCAUCCCCCUCACUGGGCUGGUGGGCUUCCCAGCCAGCUUUGCCACCAUGCCUACUGGCGAAGAGGUCAAAAGCACCCUGAGCAUGUUGCCCAUGAUGUUGCCAGGCAUGACCGCAGUACCCCAGAUGUUUGGUGUUGGGGGACUCCUCAACACUCCCAUGGCGACCACUUGCACUAAUACUGUGUCAGCAUCUCUCUCAAGCACAACGAAAAGCGGCAUGGCAGCCACAGAAAAGACUGCAGAGGACAAGCUGAGCAGCUCCGAGGGAAAGACGGACACACGGGCUGAAGAGAAACCCGGGCCUGGUCCAUUUUCUGAUCCAUCUGAACCCGCAAUAACUACCAGUAGUCCUGUGGCUUUUAACCCGUUUCUUAUCCCGGGAGUGUCUCCUGGACUUAUCUACCCAUCCAUGUUUCUCUCCCCCGGCAUGGGCAUGGCUCUGCCAGCCAUGCAGCAGGCCAGACACUCGGAGAUAGUAGGUCUGGAGAGCCAGAAGAGGAAGAAGAAGAAAACAAAGGGGGACAACCCGAACCCCAGCACAGAGCCUGCUUCUGGGUGUGAGAGGGAGCCAGGCAGUGAUCAGAACUGCUCCGAGACCGGCGCCCCUUUACCCCCAGAAAGAGACCACAUGGCACAGGCCGGAGAGGGCGGGCUCGAAGACUCUAGCGACGCCAACUAGAACUUUUUCAUUUAAGAAAUGGUUGUGACGUGUAAGUUUCUUAUCCCAUAAAGGUUUGUUACUUCCCUCACUUCACCUUCCUAAGAACCUGUGUUUCCAUGAGUAAUACGACCUACCUAAUUUCCUGUCUGGGGACUAUGGUAACCGAUGUUAAUAGUUGCAAGGUCUUGCCACUUCAUUAGAUAAAUGUCGUCUACCUAGUCUAGGAGGCACAGCAUUCUGUUUGUUACCCAGUUGUUCAUUCCAGCAAUCAUAGUUAAUACAGUACUUGGUGACACGCCCUACCCCCAUCUUUUCCAAGAUCCCCGCUUACCUGAGGGAGGAAACAGCAAAAGAAAGCUGUCAAGGGAUUUACCAUUGAAGGUGAAAGAGCAGAGACAAAAGUGUGCGCGCACGUGUGUGUGUGUGUGUGUGUGUGUGAGAGAGAGAGAGAGAGAGAGAGAGAGAGAGAACGCUCCAUCACACAGCAAUACUGUAAUGAGGGAGAAAAAAGCACAGGAGGAGGCAGUGCUGGUGCACAUUUUUAGUUAAAACAUGUCCCUUUUAACACAUGACUGCUAAGUGAAUAGUGUAGUGUAAAGUAUAUAAACUAAUGGUUGAAAUGCACAUAUUUCUUUAAAAAAAAAAAAAAAAAACAGAAACCUUCCUAAUAGAUUUUUCCCCUUCAUGGCUUUUCACACGCCUGCAGCAAGAAGAGAUGAUACCACCCAGGCACUGUUUUGUGUAUAGGAAGCAUUCCCCUCCCAUGAGAAGAUGACUGAACCAGGGGAAGCUGUGCACGCCGCAGUACUGCAGCAGUGGCGGGCUCCCGGGCCACAGAGCUGCUCGCUGCUAGGCACUCUGCGCCUCGCUCUCCCAGAGUGCUCCAGGCACAUGCUUGCCUCCGAGUUUAAAGAACCUACGAGAUUUUUAUUUUGUGCCUGCCUUCAGCAAAAGCAAGGCUUCCUGAAGCCUGUGAGAAGGUAGUCACUCAGCACUUGGAAGGUUCUGACUCAGGGUGGACGUUUCAGAACACUUUCGCCACCUUGGACACUACAAUUAUGAACGGUUGGCCCCUCCAUUACUCCUCCACUCUGUGUGUGUCCUCCUGAGAACCCACCUUCCAAACGAUAGCUGGCCGAGGCUCUGUGGCAAGUGCGCGAUGUUCUCUCUCCUUCCAUUUGUCUGUGUUCCAGAACGGAGCGGGGAAGAACCCACCCAGACAGCGCCUCAGCUUCCCUUUUUUUGUUGUUGUUGGUUCCCAGCCUCCCACUCAUCACGUCCUCCCCGUGUCUCCCCUUCACGGACAGCUCCCUCCUGAGACUUGAACCAAGUUUGCGGCCCAAACUGUUGGGGGCACAGGGCUCGUGGGGCCCGGAAAUGUGGCAGGUGUUACUAAGUACCACGUUCACUUUUCGUUGUCACAAUUUACUGUGUUUUUACUGUUUCUGUUACAGUUUUGCUAAUUUAUCAGAAGGUCCAAAAGUUUGGCAUACUAUUUCAGCCUGCAUUAUUUAUUUAUGAUGCUUUUGUCAUUGUCUUUUAUACAUUCGGGAUUAUAAAUUAUGUAAAUGUGAAAAUGAGCAUCUCAAAGAAGUCUGUUAAAUUGUGACCGGAAAAAUCAGUCGGGUGUAUUUUGAAAAAGGGGUCCCAGUUUUAUGAAUCAUAGAUAUAAAGUAGAAAUUCUAUACCUGAUCCUAUAACAAGAAAGAAUCAAAGGGUUGAAUGAUCCUGUUUAAUGGCGUCUUCGUAGUGUAGAUGGUCUGUAACACUGACCACAGAUUUCUUAGAAAUGCUGCUCUCUAUUUAACUAACAUUUUGUUCAUUUUUGCCUCCAGUGGAAGCAGAAAGGGUUUUUUCAGCUGUUAAAUCCUAAAAAAAAAAAAAAAAAAAAAAACAAUAUAAUUUAUUUAUGUAAAAAAAAAUCACUCAAUCGAUAUAUUUUUGAACCUUUUAAGUACUAAUUUUCUUUUUAUCAGUAGAAAAAAAUGUAUUUGCCCUAAAUCCUUAAAAUACAAAUGCUAUAAAAGUUCCUGUAUCUUGAAAGCCUUACUGCAACGAGUGUUAUAGCCGUCCCGCACAGUCUGCUCUUCCUUGUUGUCCCGUGGUGGUGUUGUGUAUAGAAAGUGGCUCUCCCCGGCUCCCACGUCAAGUCCCAGGGCUCACCGUGGAUAUGACCUGACCACCAGCAUGCGCAACCCUGUUGUAGCUUACCAAGCCUGUAUGUCAGCCCUCUGGUGUUUAGGCUUCUGUUUGACUGCUGCUGUGACCCUGUUUGCAAAUGAAACUUGACACUGUGGAUUAUUUGCUCUGUAAGGCAUAAGUGCUUCUUAGGCUUAUUUUGACGUUCCCAAGAGCAAAAGCCAAAUUUAAACUCUUCAGCAAAACGUGAGCCUCUUCAUCUAAGUCUGUCACUCACAGCCAUAACUUUCCUUGGUCAUUCUUCACCGAUGUCUUACAUAAUAAAUUGUCUGUGGUCUUGA